AUGAAAGUUUUUAAGGUAAUAGACGCUCGGAGAUGCUUUGCUGAUAUAAGUGGUCGUUCAAUUGUAACAUUGGCCGGCCGCGAUUCGGCGCCUGUUUUGGGACGUAGCCCCUGGCCGCUCGGGCUACCACAUGACGCCACCAAUAUAGGUGGAAAUAGGGUCAGUGCUGUGUCGUUGAUCCGAGACUGCGGCGGAGCGGAGGGGGCGCGCGGUGAGGGGGAGGGGCGAGGGGGCGGGGUGCCGCACGCCGUCGCCGCCGCCCCCCUCGGAGCACUCGUCCCGCGCCGCGCGCAUUCCGCACUCGACGCGAGGGCGAAGCGCACGCCCGUUCCCAAACCGACCGCGACCGACGCGCCGCGCGCCCGCGGCCAGACGCCCGCCAUGUUUGACGUUUUCGGCUCCGUCAAGGGCCUACUCAAGCUCGACUCCGUUUGCAUCGACAACAAUGUGUUCCGCCUGCACUACAAGGCCACCGUGAUCAUCCUGAUCGCGUUCUCUCUGCUGGUCACCUCGCGGCAGUACAUCGGGGACCCCAUCGACUGCAUCGUCGACGAGAUACCGUACGCCGUGAUGGACACCUACUGCUGGAUCUACUCGACCUUCACCAUACCUAACCGGCUCGUGGGCCGAGUCGGCAAGGAUAUGGUGCAGCCCGGCGUGGCGUCGCACGUCGACGGCCAGGACGAGGUCAAGUACCACAAGUACUACCAGUGGGUGUGUUUCGUGUUGUUCUUCCAAGCCAUACUGUUCUACGUGCCCCGCUACCUCUGGAAGACUUGGGAGGGCGGCCGCGUCAAGAUGCUCGUGCUCGACCUGAACUGCCCCGUAGUCGGCGAGGAGUGCAAGAAGGACCGCAAGAAGCUCCUCGUCGACUACUUCCACACGAAUUUGCACACGCAGAACUUCUACGCGUUCCGUUUCUUCAUCUGUGAAGUGUUGAAUUUCAUUAACGUGGUGGGCCAAAUAUACUUCAUGGACUUCUUCCUCGACGGCGAGUUCUCCACGUACGGCCGCGACGUGGUGCGCUUCACCGAGAUGGAGCCCGAGGAGCGCGAGGACCCCAUGGCGCGGGUGUUCCCCAAGGUGACCAAAUGCACCUUCCACAAAUACGGUCCCUCCGGCACCGUGCAGAAGUUCGACGGGCUCUGUGUGCUGCCGCUGAACAUCGUCAACGAGAAGAUUUACGUGUUCCUAUGGUUCUGGUUCGUGAUACUGUCAAUCCUGAGCGCCAUAUCGCUGAUCUACCGCGCGGCCGUGGUGGCGGGGCCGCGUGUCCGCUUAUACCUUCUCCGUGCGCGCAGCCGCCUCGCACCCCAGGACCAAGUUGAGGCGGUCGCCCGCAAGCUCCAGAUCGGCGACUGGUUCGUGCUCUACCAGCUAGGGAAGAACAUCGACCCGCUGAUCUACAAGGAGCUGAUGGCCGAGCUAGCUGAGAAAUUCGAGGGCAAGGGAACGGUG